AUGGUGGCAGAUUUUGAUACUAAAGACACCAGUGUCACUAGUGCGACUAGUGACACUAGUGGCACUAGUGGCACUAGUGACACUACCACCACUACAUUUUCUGUUUAUUUUCCUCAACCCUCCCUCAACCCAUCUCAAUCUUCACACAACCCUCGCUCAAACCUCCCUCAACCCACCCUCAAAUCUCCCUCAAACCUCACUCAACCCUCUCUCAAUUCUCCCUCAACCCUAUCUCAAAGCUUCAUCAACCCUACCACAAACCUUCCUCACGCCUCCCUCAACCCUCGCUCAAGCCUUCCUCAACCCUCGCUCAAUCCUUCCUCAACCCUCGCUCAAUCCUCCCUCAACCCUUACCCUGGCGACCGAUGUUCUUACUUCUGUUGCCCUCGCGUGCCCAUCACGAGGGUCGGCUGCCCUCGCGUGCCCAUCACGAGGGUCGGCUGCCCUCGCGUGCCCAUCACGAGGGUCAGAUGCCCUUGCGUGCCCAUCACGAGGGUCAGCUGCCCUCGCGUGCCCAUCACGAGGGUCGACUGCCCUCGCGUGCCCAUCACGAGGGUCAGAUGCCCUUGCGUGCCCAUCACGAGGGUUGGCUGCCCUCGCGUGCCCAUCACGAGGGUCAGAUGCCCUUGCGUGCCCAUCACGAGGGUCAGCUGCCCUCGCGUGCCCAUCACGAGGGUCGACUGCCCUCGCGUGCCCAUCACGAGGGUCAGAUGCCCUUGCGUGCCCAUCACGAGGGUCAGCUGCCCUCGCGUGCCCAUCACGAGGGUCGACUGCCCUCGCGUGCCCAUCACGAGGGUCAGAUGCCCUUGCGUGCCCAUCACGAGGGUUGGCUGCCCUCGCGUGCCCAUCACGAGGGUUGGCUGCCCUCGCGUGCCCAUCACGAGGGUCGACUGCCCUCGCGUGCCCAUCACGAGGGUCGGAUGCCCUCGCGUGCCCAUCACGAGGGUCGGCUGCCCUCGCGUGCCCAUCACGAGGGGCAGCUCCCCUCACGAGCUCAUAACGCGGAAUGAACUCUGCAUCUUCAAAAGAAUGAACUCUGUUAUUUUCAACAGAAUCAACUCUGUUAUCUUCAACAGAAUCAACUCUGUUAUCUUCAACAGAAUGAACUCUGUUAUCUUCAACAGAAUAAACUCUAUCAUCAACAGAAUCAACACUGCUAUCAUCAACAGAAUCAACUCUGUUAUCAUCAACAGAAUCACCACUGUUAUUAUCAACCGAUAUGAUGGCUAUUGA